AUGGAGGGAAAAGGAGUUGAAAAGGGCGCCAGAAACAGGCGAGGAUUUCAAACAACAGUUGUUCGUGAGUUUGAGCCAGACGACAAAGCAGAUGUACAGCGGAUCUUUACUGAAGGACUGAUGGAGAUGGUUCCAGACACUGCCUUCAGAGGGUUAAGACAUCACCCAGAGAGUAUCCUGCUGUAUGCGGCUAUAACAUUUCUAUGUUAUGUCAUCACCAUGUGUUGGUGGGUGAUAGGACUCCUCCCUGCAGUUUUUCUGAGUGGACGCUACUUUUUCAGCAGACGUGUGAUUCAUGGCUACCUGGAGCAUGCCAUGGACACAGACAUGGGAGACAUUGAAGGGUUCUACAUGAAGCCCUCAGAUUCCUGUCUGUGGGUAGCAGUGUUGGAAGGCAAAGUGGUGGGUGUUGUAGCAGCAGUCUGCCUGGAGAAAUCAGGAGGUGCUGUCGAGCUGAAGCGGAUGUCGGUCGACCGGAGGUUACGGCGGUGUGGAAUUGGUGUGGCACUGGGACGAAAGGUUCUGGAGUUUGCUGUCUCUCACAGAUGCUCCACUGUUGUCCUGGGAACCACAGCGUACACACAUGCUGCCCACCAGCUCUAUAAACGUCUGGGCUUCCGAUGUGUGGGGAUCACAAACGGGUACGUCACUCCUGGUGCCAGAUGGUCCUUAUUGGAAAGACUUUUCUACAGGGUCCGCCAUCAUCACUAUAGCAUCAAUGUGCUUGGAAGACCAUUUUAAAUGCACAAUGCUGGCUCAAGCAGGUGCUCACAUGAAUGAAGUUAAAUUUACUACUGUUACACAUCAGAUUUUCUGCACUGGUUUUCUGUUCUUAAAGCUGUGUUGAUUUUUCUAAGGUUAGUAAAGAAUGAUGACUGUCCUCUCUCUGUCCUGUGUUAGAAGUCUGUUCAGAAGUGCUGUCCUU